AUGGGUGACAGCUUGGAGUGCCUCUGGGAUUGCCUCGACGUUGAAGGGUUGCAGAGCUUGAACAUCGGGGCCGACGGGGACAACGCGGUGGCCGGCGGCCAGCACCACGACGGCUACUCCAGCGCCCCGGACGCCGGCUCCAACUCCUCCGUGGCGGCGGCAGCAGCGGGGUCGGACGGCAGCAGGCCAGGCAACAACAACGUCAUUGUCACGGAGCAGCGCCGCCGCCGGAGGCUCAACGACAGGCUCUACGCCCUCCGCAGCGUCGUUCCGAACAUCACCAAGAUGGAUAAGGCGUCCAUCAUCAAGGACGCCAUCGAGUACAUCCUGCAGCUGCAGCAGCUCGAGCACCAGCUGCUCGCGGAGCUCGCCCUCCUCGAGGCCGCUACCGCGACCGCGCACCACCACCCCCAUCCGCUAUUAAUCGGCAUGCCAAUGCCAUUCACCGGCGCCGCCACGGCCUUCGCCGCCAUCGGGGGCGACGACGACUGCGCGGCCGUGUCGCCGACCAAGAAGAUGAAACGGAACCCGUCCUUCUCGUCUCACGGCUCCUCCUCGCCGCCGGUCGACGCUCUAGAGGUGAGGGUGUCGGGCGCGGGGGAUAAGGUGCUGGUGGUGAGCGUCGCGUGCCGGCACCGGAGGGACGCCGUCGCCAAGGUGUGCCGCGCGCUCGAGGGCCUCCGCCUCCGCGUCAUCGCCGCCAACGUCACCGCCGCGUCGGGGACCGUGACGCACACCGCGCUCGUCCAGAAAGAAGAGAUACAUCAAACUGAGAUGAAGGAAAUGGUUGAGACAGCAAUCACCCAACUUGAUGAUGUUAUUGGAAGUCCACUCAGCAGUAUGAGUUACUAAGAGGUUUUUGGCAAGCCACGCUCGUCUUGUACUCCGUAUUCUUGCUCCACGAUUAAUCAUAAAUAAUCAUGUUCAUGGUAACAAGGAUCCUGCCCACCAUGAUGUGGCUUUCAGAUUUUUGGGUCAUGGUAUUCUAAGCUUUUCCACCCUAUAUUAACAUUUGACCUCCAUCACACGAAUGCUGAAACUUCCAAUAGUCUGCAACGAAGAAAAUGUAUCUUGUUGGGAUUUUGAGUGAAUGAUCGAUGCCUAUGCCCAAUUUUGGAACUUUGCUCUUUAA